GCAGGGAGGGGUUAGUUUCCCACAGGGGAUUUCAACCAUCACACUCUGAGCCCGCCUCCUAAUCCUCGGGCGGAGCGGCUCGGGGGCCCCAUUUUAUGGCAAUAAAGCGACUUAGCGCCUGCUGAGCGAGCCCCUCCCCGCCGCCGCCCCCGCCCUCGGCCCCACCCCGGGGCUCGCCCGCAGCGGCGGGGCUUUGUUUCUGGGGAGGAGGACCCGGAGCUCUUUUGUUUGGGGGUUUGGUGUUUUCACCCCCCCACCUCACCUCACCCCACCCCACCCCACCCCCCGCGCCUCUCCGGUUUCCUGAGCUGCGGGCUGCAAGGGAGGAGAAGCGGCGUCUUGCAACCCCCUCGGCUGGGCCCCGGGGUAAUUCGAUGCGGGCCUGGCGAGGCUCCCCACGCUAGACCGGGGCUCGCGUCUCGGCAGCCUCCACCCACCGGCCCACCCUACAUUUAGCGCAUCAUGUGAUCCGGGAUCAAUGUGACUCUAGAGACAAAUGGAUGAAUGAAUAUCCAUAUGAAGAGGAAAACAAUAAAGAAUAUCAACACCUUUGAGAACAGAAUGUUAAUGCUUGAUGGGAUGCCGUCAGUCAGAGUCAAAACCGAGCUUUUGGAAUCUGAACAAGGGGUAGAUAAACUCACACCUAGAGAAUUUUAAUGAUGAUAUACCAAGAUGACACAGCUAGUAAGUGACAGGUCUCCAAACGUCCACAACUACCCCGAUAUGGAAGCUGUUCCCCUGUUGCUAAAUAAUGUGAAAGGGGAGCCUGCGGAGGACUCGUUAUCUGUAGAUCACUUCCAGACACAAACUGAGCCAGUGGACUUGUCAAUCAACAAAGCCAGGACAUCCCCCACCGCCGUGUCAUCCUCUCCGGUUUCCAUGACAGCGUCCGCCUCCUCACCUUCUUCAACUUCAACCUCUUCAUCGUCUUCUAGUCGUCCAGCCUCCUCCCCGACCGUUAUCACAUCAGUAUCUUCAGCAUCAUCUUCGUCAACAGUAUUAACUCCAGGGCCCCUCGUAGCCUCCGCGUCGGGGGUGGGCGGCCAGCAGUUUCUGCACAUCAUUCAUCCUGUCCCGCCUUCAAGUCCCAUGAAUUUACAGUCUAACAAACUGAGUCACGUUCACCGCAUCCCCGUGGUGGUACAGUCGGUGCCUGUUGUCUACACAGCUGUGCGGUCACCUGGAAAUGUGAACAACACUAUCGUAGUGCCGCUUUUGGAGGAUGGGAGAAGCCAUGGCAAAGCACAAAUGGACCCCCGAGGCCUAUCUCCCAGACAGAGUAAAAGUGACAGUGACGAUGAUGACCUGCCAAAUGUGACCUUAGAUAGCGUUAAUGAGACUGGAUCUACGGCCCUUUCCAUAGCCAGAGCAGUACAAGAGGUACAUCCGUCCCCAGUAUCAAGGGUCCGGGGAAAUCGAAUGAAUAAUCAGAAGUUUGCUUGUUCAAUCUCACCAUUUAGUAUUGAGAGCACAAGACGCCAGAGACGGUCUGAAUCCCCAGACUCCAGGAAACGGCGUAUCCACAGAUGUGAUUUUGAGGGUUGCAACAAAGUAUACACAAAAAGUUCUCACCUGAAGGCUCACCGAAGGACACAUACAGGAGAGAAACCCUACAAGUGUACCUGGGAAGGCUGCACCUGGAAGUUCGCUCGCUCCGACGAGCUGACAAGGCAUUACCGCAAACACACGGGCGUGAAGCCGUUCAAGUGCGCGGACUGUGAUCGCAGCUUCUCCCGGUCAGACCACCUGGCCCUGCACCGCCGGAGGCACAUGCUGGUGUGAGGAGUGCUUCCCGUCCAGCUGAGCGUAAGAGCUGGGUCUCUUAGCGGCACCCCAUUCAGCAGGGCUGAAUCCCCUCCACAGUGUUAACGCAAAAGGGCGUCACCAUCCCACGAUGUCUGAAACCAGAGCAGGAACAAGAAGGAGCCCUUCUCCUUUCGGUCUGAAGGUAACCCCCAUCGCGACUGCACGACAAACGUCUUCACGCUGGCCUGGGAGAUCCGUGACACAAGCGCUGAGGAGACAGGCACUGUUUCCCCGUGCCGUGUACUCUGCCGUUUCAGGAUGUUUGUAGCUUGUACGUUUUCUGAGCUGUCAGACGUUUUGUUAUCGAUCCCUUAAAGGUCACCUAUCACCAGCCGAUGGCUAGAGCAGGACCUUUCAGAUUGGGAUUCUUCUCCCGCACCCCCCCCCCACCCUGCCCCCUUCUUUUUACUGAAAUUUUAGUUCCUGUCUCAGUAAGCUAGAACACACAUCCAGUCUGUUUCCAGCGAGCAGCAUGAAAGUAGAGAAGAAGCAGCCUGUUGGAGAGUUCCAUGACCUGAAAAGAAGGGGGCACUCAGGCGGCCCUUGGCAAUAGCGCCACCCGCCACUUGUCAUUAGGCCAUGCCCUGAAGAGAAACCGACAUUGAAUCUUUCAUUUGUUUGUCGUUGAUUGUUUCUGUUUCGUUUCGAUUCCGUUCUGUUCAUCUGUUGGAGCAGAGGGGCAGCGACAUUUCAGGUGGAGCAUAGUGCCAGCGUCUGCCCUGGCGUGGACCGGCACCAAGGUGUUCUGUAGUUGAAUAGGAAGAGCCUGUCUAAAAAAAAAAAAAAAA